CAGUCGCUCUGGAUCCGUAUCACGGCGGGAGCGGAGAAAAAGGCCUCUAAAGCGGCGCCCGCCAUCUUGGAAACGGAAAGCCCCGAAGCGGAAGUGGUCCCGAAGUGCUUCCGCUCACGGCUGAGUCUGGAAGAGGGGAAGAUUCCUCAGUAUGUCCGGCGCCAAGCCCCCUGGUCACAACUGGAGCAGGAAACCAAAAGAAGAGGAGGAGGAGGAAGGCGAGGAGGAUGCCUUUGAUCUAAUGAUCGCCCGCACCGGCUGCGCCUCUUUCCACUAUGCGGUGCAGGAUUGCAUGGCGGAGCACCAAGACUGGAGGAAGUGCCAGCCGCAAGUACAGGGCUUCAAGGAGUGCAUGAAGGAACACCAGAAGCAACAGGCGGAAGAGCAUCGGAGGCGGCAGCAGAUGCACCAGGCCCCCUGCUGAAGAGCGGCUCCUUUGCUGAGCACCAAAUACAUGUGCCUAUCUCAAACAGAGACUUGUGGAGCCUAAUCCUAGCAAAAUGUGCACCUUUUUCUACCAUGCAUACCGUUAAACGAUAUUUAAUGCCAAAAGGAGGAACAGGAUUUAUUCUCUUGCACAAUAAACAAACAUGAAAGUAA